UCCUCUCGGGAAAGGGUGCGCGCGCAGGGCCCGGAGGGCCGGCGGCUAUGACGUCACGAUGGAUGAACUGGAGCAUGGUCUGCUGAUCCAGCCUUGGGCAUGGCUGCAGCUUUCAGAGGACUCACUUCUGGCCAAGGCCUACAUCACCACGCACAAGGGCUAUGCCCUUCUUCUCUCUGACCUCCAGCAUGUGUGGCAUGAGCAAAUCGACCCGAAUGUGGUUGGCCAACGGGCCAAGGAACUGAAUAAACGGCUGACUGCUACUCCUGCUGCCUUCCUCUCCCACUUGAGAGACCUCAUGUGCACUUUGUUGGAAGGUCCGGCUGCUCCCAGGGGAGCCACUUUCUCUUGUGAGCGUAUGCCAGAGGGACUGACGUUUCGAAUUCGGAGUGAGCUCUGUGGUCUACCCUUUCACUGGAACUUCCAGUGUGCCUUGGCUAGCCCUUCCCUGGUUUCCCAGCACCUCAUACGUCCUCUGAUGGGCAUGAGUCUGGUACUGCAGUGCCAGGUGAGAGAGCUGGCUUCUUUGCUUCGGCUGAAGGAUGCAGAAAUCCAAGACUACCAGGAGAAUGGAGCCGUACUGAGCAGAGAUCGAUUGAAGACAGAGCUGUUUGAUGAGAAUGCUUUCCUGGAGCAAGUCAUGACAGAGAAUCUGCCAGACACAUGCAGUAUUGAGAAUGGAAGAUCCUUUGCUACGAAGCUGCAAAAUCUCUAUGUGGCAAUAACUAAACAAGAAUUCCAGGCAGGACGAAAACGACAAGGUUCUGGAGACUCCCAGGCUUCGGACAGGACUUCUUCCAAUGAAACUGAUGAUAGACUGCUGAACCAGCCAGAGCAGCAGUCCUUCUCGGCCCCAUCCCUGUCUGUGCUUGAGACUUUGAAUAUGGAGACUUCGGCUCCAGUGCAGAGACCUCAUCUGUCCAAAAUCAAGAGAAAGAAACCAAAGGGACUCUUCAGCUGAACUGAGCUCACGUAGCAGUGCUCCAGCUGCUGAGGAGGACUCUGGAGAGGAGAUUCUCUCAGCAUCGCCUUGAAAGGAUCUUCUGGGGUGAAAGCUCAGACCUUGGCCGAAGUUGGACUGGGUCCAGCUGGAAGAUUCUUGUUAGCCUGCCAUAGAGUGGACACUUUGGCAGGGAGACCUUCGGUCUGAAUAUGCUCAUGAUUGUGCCAGGUUUCCUGACCUGAGGAAGAGCCUGAACCUGGGGAAAUACUGAACCCUAUUCUCUCACAGGAUCCUCCUCUAGACUUUGUAUGUAUAUAUUUGUGGUGGAUUUACUAGAAACACAACAAAAAUAAAAGCUUCCAAAACUC